UGAACUGCUGAAGGAAGAGACAGUCGUUGGCGGGGUCGCGUCGAGGGUAGCCAAAGAAAAAGCAGCUCGUCGUACGGGGGGAGAAGACCGACACGUGGGACGCCGAGAAAGCGCGGAGUUUGAAGAAGGACUCCCAGGACGCAAGGCCGCUGGAGAGGGAACCCCGCGGGAGGCGAGACGACGCAGGAGAUCGAGUCAGAGACGGAAGAAAGACAUCGCCUCGGAGCCGGGCCUGCUGCAGAACCCCUGCGAGCACCGCAAGCCCCCAAGAGAUGCACGGCAGGACAUGCUUAAGGUCCCGUAAACCUGGUGGGAGGCAAACCGUAAUAAAUGGCUGGCGUAAAACAAGGGACGCAGGUGACGAGAAAUUCAUUCCAUCAUCCGGUACAACAGUUGAGCAGCGACAAGACCCAUCCAUGACGUCCGAGGUCAGGUUGACAUCCGGUUCAUUGCACGGAAAAUGCACCGCAAGCUGCCGGACGAGAAGAGGAUAAGUGCCACGUGGAGCAUCCCAUGUGCAGGUUUUGUCGGAGCCCGUACCACUUGCGCCGCACAGUUUCACUCAGCCCGCCCUACUUGUUCUUCUGCCUCUACUGACACACGGCAGUGUCGCGAGUUUGCGCGUUACCGUCGCAGCUGCCUGGGCUCUCCACAUUUGACUCCAGUUGUUCUGAAUUUCCUGCGCUUAGUGCCCGACUUCUUGUUGAAAUGGGAUCGAAGGGAAAUGAAAUGGUCGAGGCGAAGGGUUCUGGCGACAGCCCCGGCAAAGAGACCGCAUUUUGGGGCACGAAGUUCCUUAUCCUCGUGACGGGCGCCAGCGGAGGCCUUGGCAGAGGCAUAGCAGUCAGCUUCGCCGAACACGUAGCAAAUGGAUCGCUCCUCGUCAUCACGGGUCGCAACACGGCCGGGCUCGAGGAAACAAAGCGGAUGAUCGUAUCUUUGGGACGCGGCGUCGGCGUGAGCGUCGAGACCUGCGAUCACUCCAGGGCACUUUUCCGGGACUACGAGGACCUUCUGGAACGAGCGUCGGCAAAACUCCCGGACCCGGACAGGGUCGUGCUCGUGCACAACGCCGCUACUGUUGAAAGCUACUCUGACGGGGUCGUGUCGUUCGACGACGAGAAAAAGAUCGGUGACUACUACCGCUUGAACCUCACGUCCGUCAUGAUGCUGAGUGCAGCGUUCCUCCGGCACUACAGCUCUGACCAGGGUCCUUCGCGAGUAAUCGUCAACGUCGCCUCCACCGCGGGGGUCGAGGCGAUACAAGGACUCGGCUUGUACUGCACAGGCAAGGCGGCCCGGGCGAUGUACAUGAGAGUGGUGGCCCUGGAGAACCCGUCGGUGACGGUCCUCAGCUACAAUCCUGGGCCGGUGGACACAGCCAUGUUCGGGCACAUGCAAGGCGGCAGCGAGGACUGCGCCACUCGCUACGAGAAGGCCUUAAAGCAUGGAAAAGUAAUGACCCCCGAGGUGACUGCAAACGCACUCGUCUACAUCCUCGAACAGCGAAAGUUCAAGUCGGGGGACCUUGUGGAUUUCUCGCCUGCACAUAUAAAUGGAGGAUUAACAUCGGGUUCAUUCUAAGGGUUCGGGAAGGCAGGGCCCUAUUUCACUUUAAGGCAAGAAUCGUUCUUGGUUAACUGGGAGUUUUAUUUCCUCGUACCGAUAUCGAUGCGCGAUAACGAUGAUAACGAUGCCCGAUAACGUUGCGUGCGAAAAGGCGCAAAGCACGCAUCGUUAUCGGCUAUCGUUAUCGGAGUUAUCGGAACGACCUCUGUCUGUUUGUUCGGACCCAAAUGCAGCAUAUAAUCGAUCGUAUCCAAGAAGUGUCAAGGGUAUAAAAGAAAUAAAAUUUCAAUUUCAGAAAA